AUGUCUCACUCAUCGGAAACCGCCGCGAACCGAUUAAAGCCCUGGAAGCACCUCCACCCUCCGCCGGCCAAAACCCCGAUUUUCACAAAAAGGCUUCUGCUAAUCUCCGCCUUCACGGCCCUCUACCUCCUCUACUUCUCCACCGCCCUCCUCACCAGCCGCCCCACCUCCGCCUCCGCCUCCGCCGCCACCGGCGGCGACGGCGGCCGUACGGACCUCUCUCACAUCAUCUUCGCGAUUGGCGGCUCCGCCGGGACGUGGGCCCAACGCCGCCACUACAGCGAGCUCUGGUGGCGGCCGAACGCCACCCGCGGCCACGUCUGGCUCGACGAGCCGCCGGCGGCGGCCGCCGGACCUUGGCCGGAGACUUCGCCGCCUUACCGGGUCUCGGCCGACCCGACCCGGUUCAAGUACACCAACCCGGACGGGUCGCGGGCCGCGGUCCGUAUAGCCCGAAUACUCAAGGAGAGCUUCGAGGAGCUCGGGCCGGAGGGCCGAGCCGCGGUCCGGUGGUUCGUGAUGGGUGACGACGACACGGUUUUUUUCCCGGAGAAUUUGGUGGCGGUGCUCAACAAGUACGAUUAUCGAGAGAUGUAUUAUGUAGGGGCGAAUUCGGAAAGCGUGGAGCAAGACCUCGUGCACUUGUAUGCGACGGGUUACGGAGGAGGGGGUUUUGCGGUGAGCCGGCCGCUAGCCGAGGCUUUGGUGGAGGUUUUGGACGGGUGCAUUGACCGGUACGCGGAUGCUUACGGUUCGGAUCUGAAAGUCGGGGCGUGUAUCAGCGAGAUAGGGGUGCCGGUUACGAAAGAGCUAGGGUUUCAUCAGAUGGAUAUACGAGGAAGCCCAUAUGGCCUACUUUCGGCCCACCCAAUAGCACCACUAGUCUCAUUACACCAUCUAGACUAUAUCCAGCCCGUUUUCCCGGGCCUAAGUCGGGUCGAAUCCAUCAAGAUGCUAAUGCGGGCCUACAAUUCUGACCCGAGCCGAACUUUGCAGCAUACCUUUUGCUACGACCUGACUCGGAAUUGGUCCAUUUCUAUUUCGUGGGGUUAUAAUGUGCAGUUGUACCCGUUUUUGAUGAAUGCUAAAGAUUUGAGUACACCGUUGCAGACUUUUCUAACGUGGGGCACUUGGAGCGAGGAGCCCUUCACGUUCAACACUCGGGUCAUGAGCCUCGAGCCAUGUGAGAGGCCCAUUGUUUUCUUCUAUGAUCAAGUUCAAAAGUUGGAGAAUGGUACACUGACGACUUAUAAGAUGAUGGAUUCACUACAACAGAGAAAACAAUGUGGUAAUCAGAAUUAUGCUCAUGGGUAUGCCGUGAAGGGAUUCAAUGUUUCUGCCGAACUUUUGGAUCCCACGAUAUGGAAGAAGGUACGCAUGAUUAAUUUCGACUUUUAUCAAUGA